AUGUCUUCUAAGAAUUGGUUUCGUGGUCUAGUUGGUUAUGGCAUCUGCUUAACACGCAGAACGUCCCCAGUUCGAUCCUGGGCGAAAUCAUUUUUUUUUUCUUUCUUGAUAUUGCAACGUUUUGUAAUCAAUUAUUAUUAA